CCAGCCUGGAAAAAAGGUUCAGAGCUCAAGCUCUUACUUCUCUGUCUUUCUCUUUCACUCUCUAAAGCUCUGAGCAAAUCUCACACAUUUCCCGAGGAAACCUGAAGUUUUUUGGCGGUAGAUACAGCUGGAAGUUGCUGACAACUGUGACUUGCCGGCGGGGCCUUUUUUACCGGCAAUGUGUAACUUACGCGCUUUGACUGUACUCGCUCUUUUUCUGCGAUCGCUGGUAGCUUUGGUCUCUGCUCAGCGAUCCAAUGCUACAACUCAAUGGCCCACACUCAGCGGAAAUGCACCUCUGGUCAUAGCACGUGGUGGAUUCUCUGGGCUGUUUCCUGAUUCUACCUCAGACGCCUACCGUUUGCCAUUGCUUAUGAGUCUGCCAAAUGUGCAACUGUGGUGUGAUGUGCAAUUAACAAAAGAUGGAUUUGGAAUUUGCUUUCCAGAUCUGACGCUGGAAAACAGCAGUUCUAUACAAACUCAGUUCGACAAAGGCGAAAAGGAAUACCUUGUCAAUGGCAUUCCUACCAAAGGAUGGUUUGCCGUGGACUACACUCUUAAACAACUAUCAGAUGUCAUUGUUACUCAAGGAAUCUAUUCCAGGAGUAAUAAGUUUGAUGGAAAUUUGUACUCACUUCUCACUGUUGACGAUGUGGCUACGCAAUUUAAACCACCAGGCUUGUGGUUGAAUGUCCAGCAUGGUACAUUCUACAACCAACAUAAUUUGAGUAUGAGAAACUAUAUAAUUUCUGCAUCUAGAAGAGUAGCUAUUAGUUAUAUCUCAUCCCCUGAGGUGGGGUUCCUGUGAAGUCUUAAAAGGAGAAUCAGUCCAAAAACAAAGCUGGUCUUUCGGUUUCUGACACAAGAUGAGAUUGAGCCUUCAACAAACCAGACUUAUGGUUCUCUCUUAAAGAAUCUGACAUUUAUCAAAACAUUUGCAUCUGGAAUUCUUGUACCAAAGUUUUACAUUUGGCCGGAAGUAAAUCUUUAUUUGGAACCUCAAACUUCUCUUGUCUCGGAUGCUCACAAAGAAAAGCUAGAAGUAUUUGCAUCAGAGUUUAUGAAUGACUAUACUUUUAGCUACAAUUAUAGUUAUGAUCCAAUAGCUGAGUACCUGAACUUCAUUGAAACUGGUGGCUUCAGUGUUGAUGGUGUACUGUCUGACUUCCCAGUAACUCCAUCUGAGGCCAUAGGUUGUUUCGCUCACCUACGUGAAAAUGCUCCACUACAAGCCAAUCCAUUGAUUAUUUCAAAAUAUGGAGCAAGUGGAGACUACCCUAGUUGUACUAACUUGGCAUACAAGAAAGCAAUUGCUGAUGGUGUUGAUGUUCUCGACUGUCCUGUUCAAAUGUCAAAGGAUGGAACACCAUUUUGCUUCAGCUCUAUAAAUCUUAUCGAUAGCACAACAGUUGCUCAGUCUCCUUUUAGCAACCGAGCAAUAAGUAUUCCAGAGAUCAAGGCUGGCACUGGAAUAUUUACAUUUAGCCUGACGUGGGAUGAAAUUCAAACCUUAAAGCCGUCUAUAUCAAACCCCUUCACUGAUUACAAAUUGUUCCGGAAUCCAAAGGACAAAAACAGUGGCCACUUUCUGACACUAUCUGAAUUUUUGGCCUUGACAAAGAACGUCAGCUCUCUGUCCGGUGUCUUGUUCAGCAUAGAGCAUGCAGCUUAUCUUGCAGAGGAGAAGAAAUUAAGCGUAACUGAUGCGGUCCUUGGUGCCUUGAGCAAAGCUGGUUUUGAUGAUCAGAAAGUUUUGAUUCAAUCUAGUAAUAGUUCUGUUCUACGAAAAUUCAAGGGGAAAGAGAAAUAUAAACUUGUAUACAGGAUUGAAGAGAAGAUCAGUGAUAUUGAUCAUUCAACGUUGGAUGACAUCAAGAAGUUUGCUAGUUCUGUGGUGGUUAACAAGGAUUCUGUGUUUCCCAAAACUGAGUCAUUCUUGACUGGUAAGACAGAUGUGGUAGAAGUGCUACAAUCAUCCAAUCUUUCUGUUUUUGUGGAGACCUUCAACAAUGAGUUUGUAUCUCAAGCAUGGGACUUCUUCUCUGAUCCAAUUGUGGAGAUCAAUUCCUUUGUUGUGGGAGCCAAUAUUGAUGGUGUAAUUACAGAGUUCCCUCAAACAGCUGCUAGAUAUAAAAAAAACCGAUGCUUUGGUCUUCCCAACGCACCAAGUUACAUGAGUCCUGUUCUGCCUGAUAGUCUCAUACAACUAAUUACUCCUCCUUAUUUGCCACCAGCUGAGGCCCCAAAUCCAAUCCUGACCAAGCAGGAUGUGACAGAGCCACCUUUACCUUCUGUUUCAUUGACACCCCCAGCUCCUAGCCCAGGUGGAUCUACAGCAGCAGCAGAGAAAUCACCUAAUGGACAGCCUAAGGUUGCUGCAAGCUCAUUCCUGUUGACCAUGGCUACGCUUCUCGCUGUUCUCUAUCUGUUUUAAAACCAUAGCAUUGCAGCACUUGGUCCUUCUUUUGCUCUUGCAUUUCCCCUUGUCGGUGCCAAAGACUAAACUUUAUUGCAAAGGAGUUUCAUCUUGAUGGAGAACCUACAUUUCAUAAAAAGGUAUUACAUCUCGGAACGUUGAACUGCUAAACUAGCAGAAAAUCAACCAACCAAAGAGAAUAUUUCAGUUAACCGACCUGUAAUGUGCAGACUGUAUGGGUUGAUGAGAAAAUUGUUCCCAAAACUGAACCAAAACAAGUUGUUCAUGGUCUAUAUAUGUAUACAUACAACCAAAAGUUUUAUACUACAUAUUCAAAUAAAUAGCAAUUUUUGCA